GAGACUCUGGGGCUCGAGCCGUUCAGCUCCACCGCGGUGCGGCUGUCUAAUGAACAUCAUGACCGCGAGCAGGGGCUUCAUCCCGGGCCGCCUCACAGCGCCACUCUGGCGGCGAGCAGCUCCGCUCCAGCCCGGCGGAGUCCGGAGCCUCAGGGCCCAAACCAGCGACCUGAACCUGCAGUCCGUCACCGCUGAACCGGGCAAGCUGAAGACCAUCGAUGACCUGCCCGGGCCCAGCCUCGCCACCACGGUCUACUGGCUGUUCGUGAAGGGCUACGCGGAUAAGAGCCACGCUAUGCAGGUGGAGCAUAAGCGGCUGUAUGGGCCGAUCUGGCGUUCGCGUUUUGGCCCUUUCGACGUUGUCAAUGUGGCGACACCAGAGCUUAUCUCGCAGGUGAUCCGUCAGGAGGGCCGUUACCCAGUGCGCACUGCUCUGCCCCACUGGAAGGAGUACAGAGACAUGAGGGGUCAUGCUUACGGGCUCCACGUCGAUACUGGUCCUGAGUGGUACCGUAUGCGAAGUGCUCUGAACCCGAAGAUGCUGAAGCUGCAGGAAGCAGCUGCUUAUGCGCCGAUCAUUCACGAAGUGGUAACUGACCUGCUGCAGCGACUGGAGCUACUGCGCCUGCGCAGCCCGGACAGGAACACGGUGAAUGAUCUGGCCCCUGAGCUCUACAAGUUUGGCUUUGAAGGAAUUUCCUCCAUCCUGUUUGAGGCUCGUCUGGGCUGCCUGAAGGAGGAAAUCCCUACAGAUACUCUACGCUUCAUUAAUGCAGUGAACAGCAUGCUGACCCUCUCAGAGAGUGUGCUCUUCUUCCCUCGCUGGACUCGCAACAUCUUUCCUUUCUGGACGCAGUUCGUCCAGGCCUGGGAUGACCUCAUCAGUGUUGCCAAGCGUUUGAUUGACCAGAAGGUGAAGCAGAUGGAGGAGCAGGUGCAGAGGGGCGAGGAGGUGAUGGGCAUGUACCUCACCUACCUGCUGACCAGCAACAAGCUCUCACUGGCAGAGGUGUACAUCACCAUCACUGAGCUGCUGCUGGGAGGAGUCGACACGACAUCUAACACCAUGUCCUGGACGUUGUAUCACCUUGCUCGAAACCCAGAAAUACAGAAUCGUCUCUACCAGGAGGUGGUGUCCGUGUGUCCAGACAAGCAGCUGCCCACCACAGAGCACCUGAGCAGAAUGCCCUUCCUCAAAGCUACCAUCAAGGAGACACUUAGGAUAUACCCAGUGGUUCCUGGUAAUGGCCGGCUCACCUCUGAGAAUGAAGUGAUUGUGGAUAAUUACUGGUUUCCUAAAGAGACACAGUUCCACCUGUGCCACUACGCAACGAGUCACGAUGAAAACGAGUUCCCAGACCCUGAGCACUUUGUCCCGGACCGCUGGCUGAGAGGGGAGCCUUCACACUCUCAGCACCACCCUUACAGCUCCAUUCCGUUCGGGGUGGGCGUGAGGGCCUGUGUGGGUAAGAGGGUAGCUGAACUGGAGAUGUACUUCGCUCUGUCCAGGCUGAUGCAGCAUUAUGAAGUUCAUCCUGUGGAUGGAUCCCCCGCUGUACAGCCCAAAACCAGAACCCUUCUCAUUCCCUCAAAACCCAUCAACCUGCGCUUCAUUCCCAGGGCCUGAGGGGGAGCCAGAUAGAGAACAUCCAGGUCUAGAAAAUCCAUCCACAUUAAAAUCUAAUAGGCUUUUAAAUUGGUACCAGGGAUAUCUGUGCCAAGGAAUUUAACGCUGCACUUUCUGAUAGAAAAUACCAUUUCACAUGGACAGGUUCAGAACAUACAAUGUGAUAAAAAAAAAAACAGCCACAAGUGAAUUGCAAUCAGCAGGUCAGGCUAAAUACCUGUACAUUAAAAAGGGGCGUAAGCAGAACUAUGUUUUCGGGAGGAGCGACGCACUUACUUCUGAACUCGUUUAAAAAACACUCAUUUUCCCAACAUGCCUAAAAUUUUUCUGUCGCUGGAAGGAAAGGAGAUGAGGAACAUUUUAGAUUGGGUUUAUGUCAUAGCGACACCUAGCGUUCAAACUUUGAAUCUCACACUGAAAACCUGCUUAAUAGCCAACUUUCAUUUUAUUUUAAAAAUUGUCUCGGGUCAUUCCAAAAAAGGAAAUGGGCCGCAAAUGGCCCGCAGGCCGUAGUUUGGACACCCCUGCUGUAAACUAUUUAAGCAACUUCAACUUAAUAUAAGCUACUGCUCAAAUGUUGACAAAUUAUGUCUUAACUUUGAGCACUCUUUUUUUUUUUCUCAAUUCCACCUCAACUUAGCCACUAUUUAAAUUAGCCACUUUAUUUUCUGUAGUAACUGAUAACAUGAUCUGGAUGUUAAGGAAACGCAAAGCAGCUGGUGUCAGUGGACAGUAGUUUCUUUUAUUUGAACUGUGGUAAGUGACUGAAAUCAGUUGGCUAUUUUUCUGCUAAACAAGUAAUCAUUGAGUUUCAGUAAGGUUGCUAACCUAGAGCUGGGUAAUUUACUACCACCACUAGUGUAGUAGAGACUAGUAGAGAUUCUCGAAACAUUAUUUAUUAUCCUGCAUCCAACUCUGACCGUAAUUAUAAAUGUGGUAAAGGAAAUAAAAAGCAAAUAUUUUAUGCACAGCAAACCCGAUACAUUCUGCUCAUCUUGAAUUUGAUAAACACACCGUCCAAUAGCGAUUUGAAUAUCAGUUAAACCUAAUCUUAAUUUUUUUUUUGCUGAUCCCAGUGUGAUUAUGAUAUUACUGUUUGUAUAAAACAUUUUAACUGUGCAAUCCUGUUUACUUCUCUCAAAAAUACAAGGUCUGUCUGUA